AAAAACAACAGGGAAAUAUGUCAUCGAUUGUCCAGUUAUCGUUGUAUCGAGCCCAGUCACAUCACUAGUUGAUGUGAGUAUUAAAAAAAUAUACAGCUUACAGAGUACAAAUGGCAUCGACGUCGAGACUGGACAAUAACAAGGUGUGCUGUUACGCACACCCCGAAUCUCCGCUGAUCGAGGACUACAGGGCUGGCGACAUGAUUUGCUCGGAGUGUGGUCUGGUGGUUGGCGACCGCGUAAUUGAUGUAGGCUCCGAGUGGCGAACCUUCAGCAACGAGAAAAGCGGUGUGGAUCCUAGCCGUGUGGGUGGCCCUGAGAAUCCACUGCUCAGCGGCGGAGACCUGUCCACCAUAAUUGGACCGGGCACGGGGUCCGCAUCCUUCGACGCCUUCGGGGCCCCCAAGUACCAAAACAGACGUACCAUGAGCAGCUCGGAUCGCUCCCUUAUCUCAGCUUUUAAGGAAAUUUCAUCGAUGGCCGAUCGCAUUAACUUGCCAAAAACCAUUGUCGAUCGGGCCAACAACUUGUUCAAACAGGUCCAUGACGGAAAGAACCUCAAGGGUCGGUCCAAUGAUGCAAAGGCAUCUGCUUGUCUGUACAUUGCUUGCCGUCAGGAAGGAGUUCCUCGCACAUUCAAGGAAAUAUGUGCCGUCAGCAAGAUCAGCAAAAAAGAAAUCGGUCGAUGCUUCAAGUUGACGCUAAAGGCACUUGAAACAAGUGUAGAUCUUAUAACCACUGCGGACUUCAUGUGCCGCUUUUGCGCCAACUUGGACCUGCCGAAUAUGGUUCAACGCGCUGCCACGCACAUUGCUAAGAAAGCCGUCGAAAUGGAUAUCGUUCCGGGCCGUUCGCCAAUUUCGGUGGCUGCAGCCGCGAUCUAUAUGGCCUCACAAGCUUCUGAGCAUAAGAGAAGUCAGAAGGAAAUCGGUGACAUAGCCGGCGUGGCCGACGUCACCAUCCGGCAGUCCUACAAACUAAUGUAUCCGCACGCAGCUAAGCUCUUCCCCGAAGACUUUAAGUUUACCACUCCUAUUGAUCAGUUACCGCAAAUGUAAACCUUUUCGUAGAUCCGAUGCUCAAUACUAACGCUAACGUUAAGAGAGGAAUUCUUAAUUUAAUCACAAAAUUUACGAUUUUAUUAAAUAAAGUUAGCAUAACUACUAUUCAAAUAGAA